CCUCGCUUCCUCCUUUCCCUGAAGCCCCAUACCCACCGCUUUCUCUCUCCUCCCCCUUCUUACUUUCUCUCUCUACGCAUUCCCUCUCCGGCCGCCGCCGCCGCCGCCGCCGCCCCCAUGAAGCUCAUCAAGAUCAACCGGCUCAGCCCGAAGCGCCUCUUCGGGUCCAAGAAGGACCGGUCGGACCCGUCGUCGUUGUUCGGGUACGGCGCCACGACAUCGUCGUCGUCGUCGUCCUCCUGCUCCUCCUCGGCCGCGUCGUCCGUGCACAAGCGCGGCGGCGAGGAGUCCCGGACGCCCACCAGCGUGCUACCCCCGCAGCUCUCCGGCGACUGGUCCGACGCGGCGUCGUCGUCGGACAUGAACUGCGAGCUCGUCCGGGCGUUCACCUACAUCGACGGCGACAAGGACGGGGUCCUCUCGCGGGCCGACCUGGAGGCCCUGCUGAGCCGGCUCGGGGCCGAGCCGCUGAGCGCGGACGAGAAGGCGCUGAUGCUGAGGGAGGUCGGGUGCGCCGACGACGGCGCCGGGGCCGGCGCCGCCGGGGUGAGCAUAGACGACGUGAUGAGCCGGGUCGGCUCGUCGGGCGGGGACCCGGACUGCGACGCCGAGAUGCGGCGGACGUUCGAGUUCUUCGACAGGAACGGCGACGGGAGGAUCACGGCGGAGGAGCUGCUGGGGGCGUUCGUGGCGAUGGGGGACGGGCGGUGCACGCUGGAGGAGUGCCGGCGCAUGAUAGCGGAGGUGGACAGGAACGGGGACGGGUUCGUGUGCUUCGAGGACUUCUGCCGUAUGAUGGAGCUGCAGAUCUGACCGUCGUUGUCACGAUGAAGGAAAAAAAGAACGUUGUGAUUAUGUGAUUGGAUCCACAGUGCUUCGGAUGCUUAAAAUUCAGCGUUUUAUUAUUCAUUUUUUUCGAA